UUAAAGAUUAACUUUUUUUUUUCUAAAGGAAAAAUACCAUAGUUUAUUUGUAAUUAGGUCAUUCUAUACCAAACAAUUUGUUAGAAGUCAAACUGCAAAUUCCCUUUUAUUAAUGUGAUUUAAAAAAAAAAUGGGCAUUUAUGGUUAGCAUGUCAAACUUCAAUUCCCUGCUAUUUUUAUAAUAUCAUUAAAAGGUGGCUCUGUAGUCCUUUAGACUGGUUACAGAGUCAGUACACGUUCAUUUUAAUGUGUUUUAAUUUUUAUCUUUGUCUUAUUUAUGGUCAGAUAGACUUCAUAUAUACUUUUGCAUUUAAUCCAGAUUUGGUUAUGGAGGUUAUUUACAUACCAUUCAAUCCAGAUGCUCUUGCAUUUUAAAGUCCUAUUAGUUUUUAGAUUUAAAUCACUGUUUAAUACUGUUUCUUGCAGAUGAUCACUUGGAACGGUACUUAUGCAGAAAAGUUAAUGGGUUUUUACCAAAAUCUUCUCUGAGGUGAAGUUAGGACUUGUGAUUGUUUUGCUUUCUCAACUAGUAUUCUCUUUUCAUUUGUAAUUGAGUAACAUUUUGACCUCUGAGGGUUUUUUUUAAUAACUUGUUCCAUUUGAACUCUUUUUCUUCAUCUUAAAUAGAUUUUGGUUUUUCCUACCCUUCAUUCGGUCAAGGCAGAAUAUGCGUAGUUUUCCUUCAAUUUGUAGUUUUCCUUCACUAUUGGAUCAAUUUCUUUGCCUCAAAGUACCCCUUUUAAAGAAUCAGAGGGGUGCCUCGCUGGCUUCGUCAGUGGAGCAUGCGACUCUUGAUCUCGGGGUUGUGAGUUCAUGCCCCACACUGGGUGUAGAGAUUACUUAAAAAAAAAAAGAAAGGAUCAGUAGAAUCCUUUAAAACUGAAAAAUCAGUUAACUCUGCAGACUAGAGGAGGAUGUUGAAGAGCUUUGUGCCUUUUAUUUUUUCUUAACUAACUAUGCACCUGUUUUUCAGAUAUCUGAGAGCAAUGUCUGUGGAACAGUGGUAUUUUUUUCCUAGACAUUACAGUGGGAAGGAACUAUGUCAUUUGUGUACUUUAUGUGUCACCGGUUAGUGGGGUGUAAUUAGCAAAGAGAUUUUAAACUUUGGUAGUUCAGCCUUUAGGUUGCUUCACCUGUGGAGAUGUGCCUUUUUUUUUUUUUUUUUUUUAAAUUUGUUUAUUUUGAGAGAGAGCGAGGGACAGAGGGAAUCCCAAGCAGCUUCCUCGCUGUCAGCACAGAGCUCAGUGUGGGGCUUGAUCUCACAAACCAUGAGAUCAUGACCUGGGCUGAAAUCAAGAGUCAGAUGCCCAACUGACUGAGCCAUCUAGGCGCCCAGUGCCUCUUUCUUAAGGACUCCCACAAGAAGGAUAAAUCCAUGGGAAUUUGACCCCUUGACAUAGAGCAGAUGGCCUUCCUUAUUUACUUUUCCAUGUGAGGCCCAUCUUGUGAAGUUACCAUCAUUAGCUGCUUCUGCCCUUCAAGGAAAGAGUUUCCCUUCGAUAAGCUUGGGCAGGGAGAUGAUGGUGAAGUUUCCUGUAUGAGACCAGAGUUGGAAUAGGCCAUAAUGGGGGGUAGGGCCAGCCUAUGACAUUUUGAUUUUUGAAUGGUUACUGUUAUAACUUAUAGUGAAAGUAACACUUAUUUUUUUCUUUUCCUUCCUUAGAAGACAAAAAGCACUAAUGCAUUUGAGAAAGUGGUAAAGUUUGGGGGGAGGGGAAAAAAACUGCUUUCCUGAUCUGCAACUUGGCUGGAUGCUAAGAUGUCUGUGGACAUGAAUAGCCAGGGGUCUGACAGCAAUGAAGAGGACUAUGACCCAAAUUGUGAGGAAGAAGAAGAGGAUGAAGACCCUGGGGACAUAGAGGACUAUUACGUGGGAGUAGCCAGCGAUGUUGAGCAGCAGGGGGCCGAUGCCUUUGAUCCUGAGGAGUACCAGUUCACCUGCUUGACCUACAAGGAAUCCGAGGGUGCCCUCAAUGAGCACAUGACCAGCUUAGCCUCUGUCCUAAAGGUAUCUCAUUCAGUUGCUAAACUUAUAUUAGUUAAUUUCCACUGGCAAGUUGCAGAGAUACUGGACAGAUACAAGUCUAAUUCUGCUCAGCUGCUUGUUGAGGCUCGAGUUCAGCCCAGUCCCUCGAAACAUGUUCCCACAGCCCACCCUCCUCACCACUGCGCAGUGUGUAUGCAGUUUGUGCGGAAGGAAAACCUACUUUCUCUGGCCUGUCAGCACCAGUUUUGCCGUAGCUGCUGGGAGCAACACUGCUCAGUACUUGUCAAGGACGGUGUGGGUGUAGGAGUCUCUUGCAUGGCUCAGGACUGCCCACUGCGAACACCAGAGGACUUCGUGUUUCCAUUGCUGCCCAAUGAAGAAUUGAGAGACAAAUACAGGCGCUACCUCUUUAGGGACUAUGUGGAGAGUCAUUACCAGCUCCAGCUGUGCCCUGGUGCAGACUGCCCCAUGGUUAUUCGGGUACAGGAGCCUAGAGCUCGCCGAGUACAGUGCAAUCGGUGCAACGAGGUCUUCUGUUUCAAGUGUCGUCAGAUGUAUCACGCCCCCACAGACUGCGCCACAAUCCGGAAAUGGCUCACGAAGUGUGCAGACGACUCCGAAACAGCCAACUACAUUAGUGCUCACACUAAAGACUGUCCAAAGUGUAACAUCUGCAUUGAGAAGAACGGAGGCUGCAAUCACAUGCAAUGCUCCAAGUGUAAACACGACUUCUGCUGGAUGUGUCUAGGAGAUUGGAAGACCCAUGGCAGCGAGUACUAUGAGUGCAGUCGGUACAAGGAGAACCCCGACAUUGUCAACCAGAGCCAGCAAGCCCAGGCCAGGGAGGCCCUCAAGAAGUACUUGUUUUACUUUGAGAGGUGGGAAAACCACAACAAGAGCUUGCAGCUGGAGGCACAGACGUACCAGCGGAUUCAUGAAAAGAUUCAGGAGAGGGUCAUGAAUAAUCUGGGGACAUGGAUCGACUGGCAGUACCUACAGAAUGCUGCCAAGCUCUUGGCUAAGUGCCGAUACACCCUGCAGUACACUUACCCAUACGCGUACUACAUGGAGUCUGGACCCAGGAAGAAAUUGUUUGAAUACCAGCAGGCUCAGCUGGAGGCUGAGAUCGAAAACCUGUCAUGGAAAGUGGAGCGCGCAGACAGCUAUGACAGAGGGGUAAGUGCUGCCCUCUUGUUGGUCCUUCUGUUGCAGGCCAGGGAGGACUGCCGUGUUAAAAGUGACAGGGUUGUUAGCAUGCGGCCCAGAAGCUGCUGCUGAGAAGGGUGGGGAGGGCAGAACCUUUGACUCCUCAUAGCCCCUGACAUGGUGGACAUGGCUUUGGCUGCUCCCUGCGUGGGACGGCCGUGCGAGCACCAUCUUGCU